UGCCGAUCUACAACAAAAUAAAGAUUAUGGGAAUGGCAGGGGUGUUAUUUAUGGGGAAAGUAAGGUUGAAGUUGUUGAUAGAUACUGCUAAAUGAUAAGGAGAAGAGAUGAGGAAAUGAACAUCUCCCUCCCUUCAAUACAAUCCAAUCUCAGUCACUCAGAAUGGGCGUUACAUUAACACCGUUUCAUCUAUCCCUCCCUUCAAUUAGCCAUGCUCGUAGUAGCCUUAUGGCUGCUCCUUAUAAUAACAAUAGUAGCCAUCAUCAUCAUCAUCAUCAUCAUCAUCAUCAUCAUCGCAUAAUCACGAUAAAGUGUGUGAAGGUAGAUGCAGCAGACACAGAACCACCAUCAACUUUCAUCAUGUGUGAACCUUGCAAUGGAAAUGGAUGGUUGAUAUGUGACUUUUGUCAAGGCCAAAAGACUAACGUUAAAGCCCAAAACAACCGUAUCUACCGUCGAUGUCCCUCCUGCAAAGCCGUUGGAUAUGUUCUUUGUUCCAAGUGUAAAGUCUUCAAAUGUGUCACUUUUCCUGAUUUCAACGAUUCUCAAAUUGCUACUUAAUUCAUUUUCUCCAUUCAACCGAGGAGGUGCUUUCAUAUUACUAUUUACUUAUCUCCCGCAUCAUGCCUGUACAAUGUAACGGGGCGGUUUGCCUGUGUAUGUACAAUGUGGCACCGACAUUUCUGAUUGAAGGUAUUUCAUGUGUCAGACACAUAUUACCGACACAUCUGAAUACAUUCAAUUAUAUCAUUUUUCUUAAAAUGUCGUGUCUGGUGUACGUUUUUGUGCUUCAUUAUUGUAGAUCCACUCAAGUGCUCGUGUGUUCUAGAAAUUGUAAAUUUCAAAUUCAUUGCAUUCUUCAUACACAUUCAGAGUACUUUUUGUUUUAUAAUAUAUAUAUAUCUUUA